AUGCCCAGGUGUGGAUGUGGACAUCGCUUACCUUCCGCAGACUCGGGGGCAGAGGAUGAGAACAGUGACGACGAAAAUAUGCCAUCUUGGAUAAAAUUUUGGGAACAAGAAGAUAGAAAAUUCGUUUCAACGAGGGCCUCCAAACUUGUAGAGGAUAAAUUACGAAAUUGUAACAGGGUUAUCAUACUGGGAGAGACUGGAUGUGGUAAAUCUGCCAUUGCUCUAAACAUAGCAUUAAAGUCGAGUCUUGCUGAUGAAGACGUCAGUUACUAUUUCAAGCAAUUUUCUCUGAUCAAUAUGGAUGAAAGGGGCUUUGAAUUGGCUAAAGAGGAAAAAGAAAAGAUAUUAAAGAAGCAUACAGAUUGUUCACAAUGUACCGAUGCCGAUGUCGAUGAACUACUGAAAACUGAGAAAUCAUUUCCUUUAAUAUCUGAACUGCUUUCUGCCAGUAAAACAUUUGAAGGAAAUAUACUUGCGUUUUACAGAGAACCUUUUGUAGAAAUCAAAAAAGAAAUUCUAUCUUUAAAAGACAUUUCUAAAGAACAGUGUAUGUGUUUGUUUAUACUAAACGUGUGCGGAAAUCGAUUAACAAAGGAAAACUUUGAAGAGAAAGAAGAUGACUACAAGCAUAUUGAGAGUAUUCACGAUGACAGAGAGAAUGGGGUAGUCAAUAAUGACCGAAAAAGUGAAAAGGGAAACAAUGAGAAAGACAUUGAGAAGUCCAACGACUGCAACGGGGAAAGAAUAGACAAUUAUAAAAAUGACAACAAAAAUGAUAACGAGGAUGGCAAGAACAAUAAUGAUAACUAUGAACUCGAUAAACAGAUGAUAAAUGACUUAUUGAAAGCUUUCAAGCUUCCUGAAAGCACAUCCAAAAGAACUCUCUUCGAAAGUUUAAAUCAGUUUAGAGGUCAUUACUUCGUGAAACGAAUUAAAGAUAUUUUUCAAAUCACAAAUGGUUCUUUUCUGCGAGCAUUGACUCAUAUAUUUUGUACAAGCUUUCCAGCGCAAUUCUUAAAAUACUGCCCAAGUAAUUUUUUUCGUACUUUGACAACAUCAACUGCACAGUCGGAUAUCAUUCCAAAAGUCCAAUUACAAGAUAAUUAUAUCAAUUUAUUUGUGGAUAUAAUUCAGGAAGAUAUAAAGACUGGCACAUUUUUGGAUGUUUUUCUGAGUCCUUGGAUCCGGGAUAAAAGCGUCUUGACCAAUCUGCUUUUGCGAUUCGAAUCAAUGCCAUAUGAAAAGAUGAUUGAGUUGACUCUCAACUCCAAAUUAAAUGCUCAUCUGAAGAUUGCAAAGCCCAAGGUACGAAAACAAAUGACUGGCUUUUCUCGACUGGAUUUGAUUGGACUAAGUAAGGAAGUAUCUCCAAUAAUUCUGUCACUUGUAUUAAACCUGGAUGACCUUUAUCACGCCAUGUUCACUUUGAUAAGAAAUAAUGCAAAUGGAUCUAAAUACUUGAAUAAUGCCCCUCUAAUGAGUGCAUGUUGUGUCAACGGACGAGAAGAUCUUGCUAGGCUAGUUUUAGAUAUUGCAAAUGACAGAAAAAGAUGCUGGAGUAAACGAGAAAAUAUCUACCCCAUGCACAUUGCUGCCAACUUCCUCAACACUGACAUUUUAGACCUUGCUUUAGUUGGAGAGCAUGAUGUGAACAUGACUACACGAACCAUGGAAUCACCUUUUUUCUUGGCAGCAGCAGCCGGAAAAUACGCCCUCCAAAAUAUCCCCUGGACUCUCAAGCAAGAAUUGAGCAACUCCUCUAAAACUUACGAUGAAUUGGUCGAGGAGAACCGUUUAAAGAUCCUUACUCUUCUUUGGCAGAGAGGUGCAGAUGUAAAUAUUCAUCCAGAUAAAUCAUCGUCUGCCCUUGCAUAUGCCUGUCAAAAAGGAGAUAUAGAUACAAUCCAGUUUAUGAUUAAGAGUGGUGCGAGUGUGAAAGAAACUAAUGAUGAAAACUUUGGCGCACUACAUUUUGCUUCAGAAGUAGGAAAUAUUGAAAUUGUUCAGCUGUUGUUGUGCAGUGGUGCAGAUAUCAAUAUCUGUACCUCAAAGGGUUUGACGCCGUUAUAUCUAGCAUCAUUCAAUGGACAUGCUGAUGUAGUGGAUAUGUUUCUUUCUAAAGGAACCACCCAAGUAUUGAAGGAUAAAUCAGAAUGUAAUCCAUUCUUCGUAGCCUGCAAGCAUGGUCAUGAAAGGAUUGUCGAAAUGUUUUUAGAAUAUGAUCCUGAGAGUGUCGACAUGGAAACGAUGAAUGCGAAUAUUCCAUUGGAUAUUGCAUCACAAAAUGGUCACCAUUCUAUCGUUCAGACAUUACUUGAAAAUGGAGCAAAUGUCAAUCACUACACUUUAGAAAGGAAAUCUCCAUUGUUCCAUGCAACUGAGAAUGGUCAUUAUGAUAUAGUGAUGUUUCUAUUGCAAAAGAAAGCAGAACUGAAUUCCUGCACAAACAAAGGAAGAAAUCCAUUGAUGCAAGCUUCAUCUUGUGGAUAUGAAAAUAUAGUUCGCGAACUUCUGAGUCAUGGAGCUAAUGUAAAUGAAGCUGAUGUCGAGGGAAGUACAGCACUUUAUUUGGCCUCCGAAAAUGGCCACAUUGAUAUUGCAAAAGUGUUGUUGGCAAACAAAGCAGAUGCUAGUCUGUGCAAUGACGUUGGACUUACCCCACUGUAUAUUGCAUCUCGAUUUGGACAUCAUAUAAUUGUUCAAGAACUUUUGCAAAAGGAUACCAAAAUUUGUGGUACGUCCUCGAAAAACCCCCUACUAGCAGCGUCGUAUUUUGGACAUUACAAAACUGUUGACAUUCUUUUGCAAAACAGGGCAAAUGUUAACGUACAAAAUGACGACGGAGAUACUCCUUUGAUAACCGCGUCCAGAAAGGGAUGGUGUGAAAUCGUGAAAAUUCUUCUGAAGUUUGAAGCUGAUGUCAAUCUUUAUAAUGAAGAUGAUGAAAAUGCUUUACACUGCGCUUGUUUUAUGGGUCAUACAGACAUUGUUAAGAUAUUACUCGAUCAUGGUAUGGAUAUCGAUGGUCAUGACGAAUACACACCAUUGCAGCAAGCUUUAUUUGGGGAGCGUAUGACUACUGCUUUGUUUCUGUUAGAUCAUGUCGCAAAUGCGAACAUUGUCACCUAUGGUACAAGUGCUCUUUAUUUGGCAUGUGAUGCCGGAUUCAAGGAACUGAUGAAUAUUCUUUUGGAACUAAAUGCAGACGUCAAUCCAAAGAACCCUGAUAAUUCCCCUGCAGAUUCUCCUCUUUUGGCUGCCAUCAGAAAUGGAUCUUUUUACAUUACAAAAGAACUUUUACGUCAUGGGGCCAAUAUCAUAAAAACGAACAGACAUGGCGGCCAAAGUUUGUUAGCGAUGGCUGUUGAGAACCAAAAUCUUGGGAUAGUGAAGUUACUCAUUGAAUAUGGCGCUAAUGUCAACGAACAAGAUGAAUAUGGAACCACAGCUCUGCAUGCAAGCGUUUAUUAUACAGACACUCUAGAUUUCAUGACAAUAUUAUUGAACAACAAUGCCAAUACGAAUGUCAGGAACUAUAUUGGAACAACUCCAUUAAUGAUGGCACUGCACAAAAAUCCUGAGACGAAGGAACGAGUGCAGGCUCUCCUUACUCACGGAGCUGACAUUAAUGCCCGUGAUAACUUUGGGUGUUUACCACUACACUCUGCUUGUAAAUGGCCCGAUGAACAUGAUGUUAUUCCAUAUCUACUAAAUAAUGGCGCUGACAUAAAUGCUCAGGAUGAAAAUGGAGAAACUGCACUUUAUGUGACAUCCUUUUAUGGCUUUCUUGAGAAUGUGAAAACACUUGUUCGAUACGGAGCAGACAUUAACCUUCACACGAGCGUUGGUCUCAGUCCACUUGAUAUUUCCAUGCAAAACGGAUAUACAGAUAUCGAAAAAUUUCUCAAACAAAAUAUGAACGAAGAGAAGAAUAAAAGGGAAAAGAAAAUAUCUUCCAAAUUGGAAAACAACAGUGUUUCUGUUUCACAAAGAGAGGUUGUUUUGGUUAGACAGAAUGCUUUAGCGCCAGUUCUUGGAAGGAGAAACAACUCUAUGAAACUUCAGAAGACAUGGCAGCAAAGAAAUUUUUAG